AUGGUUUUUCUGACACGUUUUUUGCAGCUUCCAAAGAAAAUUCCAAGGAAGUUCUUAAGGGCAGGAUUUCUUGAUACCCUACAUUUACGAGUUAGAGCAGGUACAGGAGGUAUGGGUUUCCCGAAAUACGGUGGAGUUGGUGGUCGAGGUGGAGAUGUUAUUGUUGUAGCUACUGAGGAAUUCUCAUUACACCACAUUGCUGAAAAAUAUCGUGACAGAAAAAUUAUUGCUGGUCAUGGCAACAACAGUGAAGCGAGAGGUGAAGUAGAUAAACCGAAUUCAAAGUUAGUGGUAGCUCGUGGAGGAGUUGGUGGAUGCCCAGAGACAGGAUUCAGUGGGCAAAAAGGACAAAAUCAUGUAAUAACUCUUGAUUUAAAAUUAAUUGCUGAUGUUGCUCUAGUAGGUUUUCCCAAUGCCGGUAAAAGUACUCUUUUAACAUCAGUAUCAAAUGCUAGACCAAAAAUUGCUGACUACCCUUUUACAACAAUUAGACCUAAUUUAGGUAUCAUGAAUUAUCCCGACCUAAGAAAAAUAUCUGUAGCUGAUUUACCGGGACUUAUUGAAGGAGCUCACGUUAAUAUUGGGAUGGGUCACAAAUUCCUAAAACACUUGGACAGAACAAAGCUACUUGUUUUUAUUGUUGAUGUCCAAGGGUUCCGUUUAUCACCUCGACACAGUUAUCGUGACUGCAUCGAGACAGUUUUUCUGCUGAAUAAAGAGAUAGAACUUUACAAUGCAGAUUUGCUAGAUAGACACGCUAUUCUUUUAGUUAAUAAAAUGGACACUCAAGAUGCUGAUAAAAAAUUCAAAGAAAUAGAAGCAAUGUUACGAGAUCUAAAUACAGUAGCACGCGAGAUUCCUGAAGAAAUAAGGCCUGAUAGAAUAAUUGAAUUCGAUGAAAUUCUUUCGACGUCAUUGGUUACUAACAGAAAAGAACAAUCUGCGAUAAUUAAAGAACGAAUACGGUUUCACCUUGAUAGAAUAGCCAAAAUUGAAGUUCAGCGAAAUGAAGAGAUACGCGCUGAAUUAGAGUUGUAUGAAAAACUUAAAUCUGAAUCACGAACACAUGCCCCAACGAUGGUUUAG